UUCUAUUUAUUAAAUUCUCUAAGUAAGUUUUUCAAGUUCAUUUAGUUAGUUAGCUGUAGGAUCGAGUAGUGGAAGAAUUCAAAAUGACGAUCAAGACGGAUGAAGAAGAAUCGCAACUUCAAAUUGGGAUUCGUUUGRGGGAUCUAUCUAUGGUUCGGUCUGCUUUGAAUGAAGGAUGCGAUCCGAACGAAGCCGGAAUACACAGGUGGACAGCCUUACAUGAGGCUGUUUCUAGUGGUAGCUCUUCUAUAACCUUAGCUUUACUACGCAGAGGAGCGAAUCCUAACUUCCAAGAGACCAUUAACAAUAGCACAGCUCUUCAUAUUGCUGCUGCUAACGGCAAUGCCAAGAUAAUUCAAGUUCUUCUAGACAGUGGAGCUAACAUUUCAGUAAAGAAUGUUGAGGGAAAGACGCCAGAACAUCUUGCUUCCUCUUCUUGUAAAGAGCUCUUAGAAAAAAAGCGUAUUGAACUUCUUAUGAGGGGUGGAACUUCCCCUGGAAAACCACAUUCUAUACAGAAGAUGUAUACACAGAAUAAACAAGGUGCUACAGACCUCAAUGGAUCCAUUAGCAAUACAGAAUCAUUAGAUUAUAAUGAAAAUAUUCAGCCAGGCCCUGGCGAAAUACAAGUGUCUUUUGAUUUCCUUAGUCGAUACUCAGAACUCAAAAUUAAUAUUUUGGACAUCAGAGAUAUCAAACUUCCACCAGCUCACAACUUCACAACACUCUACGCAAAAUGCUAUCUCCUUCCUGACAAAUACAAAGAAACUAAGCGAAAAACAAGCGAGCUUAGAAUUGAGUUGUCAGAAGGCUCAUCCUCUCGUAGUAGUAGCGCCAGCUCUCAAAGUUCCCAGAGUAGUACGGCAAGUACCUUGAGCAUGUCGAGCAUAGGGUCUGGAAAGCAAAUGAGUGAUAAGGUCAGGUCUGUGCUGAAGAAGAGACCUCAUUUAAACUCAAAGAAGAAUAAAGAUGAAGUGGAAUGCAUGCUCCAUACUGUCGCACGUGACACUGUUUGUCGAGCAUCAGCAAGGAUCGAUGAAACUCUCUCAUACAAAACUUCAUCGUUAAAGAAACUAAACAUGGCUGAGUGUCAGAUUCACUUAAGCGUUUGCGGACGCAAUCGUUAUAGCGCUAAAGGCAUCCCGGUAGCAGAUGUCCUGAUUCCAUUGGCUGCUGCGCUCAAGAAACAAGAAGCUGAAUGGUUUUCAUUGGAUUACAAGAUUGACCUGCCUAUGACACUUUGCCGUGAACGAAAAACAUCUCAAAUGAACCGCUCCUUUGAGCUAAAGGAAGGAGGUUAUUAUACUGGACGAAGUCUAGCCURGGACCAAGGCCUUUCAUCAGAAUCAUUCACUGAUAACCAGCAACAACCAGAAACAGUAUUCAAACCCCCAGUCCAACCUUCAACCGCUGCAAUCAAAAAGCACCACAAACAUGCUUCAAAGACUGCAAGAUUCCUCAAAGGCGAACUGAAGCUUUUUCGAGGCAAACAUCAACACAAUACUCGUUAUAACAGAUCCAUGGAAGGCACCUUUGGGCAAGACGAUUUGAAUAAUUCCAUGACAAGCUCCAUAGGACAAUGCUAUAGAGGUUCGCACAACAAUUUAUCAGUUUCCACUAAAACUGUUAUGGAUCGACAAAUCAAUGAACAUUUUUCUGCAUCAAGAAGCUGGCACUCUACAAAAAACGUAAACGAAGCCCGUCAAAACAACGGCUUUGAUUCUAACCCAGAUGAGGUCCAAGUUUUGAACCCAAAAUAUGAAAAUAUUUUCCAAGGUUCGGGCGAACAGGGUCGACCGUUGAUGAAGUACAGCCGAGCUUUUGGAGAAUCUGCGAGAAGGCAAAAAUUUCCUGAAGAUGAUGUUGCAGUAGAAGAUGUUGAGGAAGACUUUGAUGUCUCCGAAAAACAAACUCCAGUAAAUCAACUUUAUAGGCCAAAAGCAUAUAGAUAUUAAUUACAUUUACUCUUUAAAUCAUUUUCAAAUCUUGCCUUUUUAAAUUAUUUUCGUGAAGUUUGAGUUUUGAAUAUUCUUAUAAAGAAAACUCAUAAAUAAAGCUUAGGUUGGGAAGUAUUCCUGUCAAAUUAGUUUAUGUUUAAAAAGAUCGGAUAAUUUCUAUGUAAAAAAAAGAAGAAUUCUCAAAAGCAAAUUUCAUACAUGGUUUGUAUAUAAACAAGGUUUACUUUACAAAAUUACAUUUUGGGUUUGUAAAAGUUUGCGAUUUAUUCAGCUUGUACCAAUAUAUCAAACAUAUGGAGACAAUUUUCUUUCCCUUGGGGAAAAAGACCAUAACAGCGUUAGUUUAGCGUGACUUGAGUCACAGAAUUUCAAUAGAAUUUAAAAAAAAAGUAGUUUAUAUAUAAAUAGCUUGUACAUUAUUUGAACUUCUUGUUUCGCAUGAAUAUCGCAUGAUUACAAUACCAGUUGUUAAGGAAGAAAUGUUGGAAAGGGUUGUUUGUAAAAGUUUUAAAAUAAAGUCUGGUUGAAAUUGAA